CUUUUAGUGAAACUAAGAACUAUAAAUAGCCAUAAGAACCCAAGCAAGUGGCUUUAGCCCUCAGAUUUCCUUCUAAAAAUGCAGACCCAUUUUAAUUAAAUUUAGGGAGGGCAAUUCCUCCCUGGACUUUAUUUUGGCUCCUGGAAAACACUAGCAAGAUGGGAAUCAUGGCUGUGCUCAUGCUGCCUCUGCUCCUUCUGGCAAUCAGUGGAAUCCUCUUCAUCUACCAAGAAGUUUCCAGGCUGUGGUCAAAGUCGGCAGUCCAGAACAAAGUGGUUGUGAUCACUGAUGCCAUCUCAGGGCUAGGCAAGGAAUGUUCUCGACUGUUUCAUGCUGGUGGUGCCAGGUUGGUACUAUGUGGCAAGAACUGGGAGAAGCUAGAAAUCUUGUAUGAUGCACUUAUUAGUGUGGCAGACCCAAGCAAGACAUUUACACCAAAGCUUGUUCUCUUGGAUCUCUCAGACAUCAGCUGUGUCCAGGAUGUAGCCAAAGAAAUCUUAGAUUGCUAUGGCUGUGUAGACAUUCUUAUUAACAAUGCAAGCAUGAAGGUGAAAGGCCCUGCACAGAAUAUCUCCCUGGAACUUGACAAAAAGAUCAUGGAUGUCAACUACUUUGGACCCAUCACAUUGACCAAAGCCCUACUUCCCAACAUGAUCUCGCGAAGAACAGGUCAGAUUGUAUUGGUCAAUAACAUUCAGGGAAGAUUUGGAAUUCCACUUCGAACUGCAUAUGCUGCUUCAAAACAUGCUGCCCAGGGAUUUUUUGAUUGUCUCAGAGCAGAAGUGGAGGAAUUUGAAGUGGUCAUUAGCACCGUGAGCCCAACUUUCAUCAGAUCUUACCACAUGUAUACAGAGCCAGGGAAUUGGGAAGCUUCCAUCUGGAAAUUCUUUUUUAGAAAAUUCGCCUAUGGGGUACACCCUGUGGAAGUUGCUGAAGAAGUGAUGAAGACAAUAAGACGAAAGAAGCAGGAGGUUUUCAUAGCCAACCCCAUCCCCAAGGCUGCCAUCUACAUUCGCACCUUUUUUCCAGAGUUCUUUUUUGCUGUGGUGGCCUGUGGAGUCAAGGAGAAAUUAAAUGUCCCAGAGGACAGGUAACAUGACAAUGACCAUGAUGGAAAUAAACUGUUUUUUGACAGUAA